GGGUGCCCACUCGCAGAGCGAGGCGCCCGCCGGACACGCCGAGGCCAUGGGUGACGAGCAAGUGCCCGAGCAGGGCCAGGACAGGUUCAGCUAUGACUAUGACACCAUCCGCAACGGGGGGCUGAUCUUCGCCGUCGUGGCGUUUGUGAUCGGGCUCCUCAUCAUCCUCAGCCAGCGGUUCCACUGCGGAGGGAGGAAGAAGAGGAGGCAAGGGAACCAGGACGAGCUGUAGGUGCAGAGCUGCAGUGCCACCACGGAAGCAGAGCUCCAGCCCAAGCCCAGGAGUGCUGGCCAGUGGCCACCCCUCACCCCGCUCCAGUGGAUCCAUUACCCCGCAAGGCCAGAACGCAAAUUACCCUCGUGCUUCCCCCUCUCUUAGACCCAGCGAGAGUUUCUUGGCUAAUAAAAUUCAAGCUCCGAGAGGUUAAAC